GACGGGAGCCCCGAGCCGGAGGCCGCGCGCCGGGGGCUGCGAAUCAGGGACGCGCUGGGACCGAAACAAGGGCAGACGGAGGACCAUUCCGGGUGGCGGAGGGGCGCGGGUCCGCCUGCGGGGCUGCUGCCCCUUUAAGGUUGCCGGGGCGACGGCUCUGGCCAGAGCGAGGCGCAUUGACGUCAGCAGCCGGGUGCUGAUUGGCUGCGGCGCGGCCGUUUCCGGUGGCGCCGUUGCGGAGCCGCUGUCGCCGAGUGGAGCGGGGCCGGGAGGGCGUCGUUGAGGGAGCCCCGCCGGCCGUCUCCGAGCCCGCAGCCCGAGCCCGCCGCCGCCCGUCCGCAGUGAACCAUGGCUUCCGGCACCACCGCCAGCGAGGAGGAGCGCAGCCUCCGGGAAUGCGAGCUCUAUGUCCAGAAGCACAACAUCCAGGCGCUGCUCAAGGACUCCAUCGUGCAGCUGUGCACCGCGCGGCCCGAGAGGCCCAUGGCCUUCCUCAGGGAGUACUUCGAGAAGCUGGAGAAGGAGGAGGCAAAGCAGAUCCAGAACCUGCAGAAAGCAGGCAGCCGUGCAGACUCGCGGGAGGAUGAAAUCUCCCCGCCGCCCCCUAACCCCGUGGUGAAGGGCCGGCGGCGACGCGGGGCCAUCAGCGCUGAGGUCUACACCGAGGAGGAUGCCGCGUCCUAUGUUCGGAAGGUUAUACCGAAAGAUUAUAAGACAAUGGCUGCUUUAGCUAAAGCCAUUGAAAAGAACGUACUGUUUUCACAUCUGGAUGAUAACGAGAGAAGUGACAUUUUUGACGCCAUGUUCCCGGUUUCCUUUAUUGCUGGAGAGACGGUCAUUCAGCAGGGUGAUGAAGGGGAUAACUUCUACGUGAUUGACCAAGGAGAGAUGGACGUCUAUGUCAACAAUGAAUGGGCAACCAGUGUUGGGGAAGGAGGGAGCUUCGGGGAGCUUGCUCUGAUUUACGGGACUCCUCGAGCGGCCACUGUCAAGGCCAAGACGAACGUGAAGCUGUGGGGCAUUGACCGGGACAGCUACAGAAGGAUCCUCAUGGGAAGCACGCUGAGAAAGCGGAAGAUGUAUGAGGAGUUUCUUAGUAAAGUGUCUAUUUUAGAAUCUCUGGACAAGUGGGAGCGCCUCACGGUAGCCGAUGCGUUGGAACCAGUCCAGUUUGAAGACGGGCAGAAGAUUGUGGUGCAGGGGGAGCCGGGUGAUGAGUUCUUCAUUAUCUUGGAGGGCUCGGCCGCGGUGCUGCAGCGGCGCUCAGAGAACGAGGAGUUUGUGGAGGUGGGAAGGCUGGGCCCUUCGGACUACUUCGGCGAGAUCGCUCUGCUGAUGAACCGGCCCCGUGCAGCCACCGUGGUGGCCCGCGGCCCGCUGAAGUGCGUCAAGCUGGACCGGCCGCGGUUCGAGCGCGUCCUCGGCCCGUGCUCCGACAUCCUCAAGCGCAACAUCCAGCAGUACAACAGCUUCGUGUCCCUGUCUGUGUGAGGCCCGCCCCGGCCCCGCGCAGCGCCCGCGGCCCCUGGCACCGCAGCUUCCUGUCGGCUUCUGUUCAAGUUGCUUUUGUGGCACCGUUUUUAUUUUGGAGCAUUACUGAGUGCUCACACAGCUAAAUAAAUAGAAGGGUUCUCUGAAGACUUGGCUGUCCCCGCCUCUCUGUGCAGUGUUGGUGUUCGCCCCCCAGCCACCACCGCCGCGCCCCCAGCCCGCUCGCUGUCUGCCGAGGGCUGACCCCGCUCCACCGAGGGACCUGGGGGCUGAGGCGGCAGUGCGAGCUUCCCUUGAAGUGACGCCCGCCUUCUGCUACUGUACGCGUUCUUUAGACUGUGGCCAUGUGUGCCGCCUGUCCCUAUGGAAUAAAUGCUUUCUCAUGAAGCUCUGAGGAUUAGGAAGAACAGGUAUAGAAGAACCUUCAUGUAGCAGGACAUCUGUCUGUAGUUAAAGUAGCCUAAGGGUGGAGAAGCCCCUUGUUGCUGUGAUAUGACCAGGUCUUUUCUUGUUUAAUAAGAAUCUGUAUUUGUCGGCUGAGGGCCUGGUUCUGUUUGUCUCUGGUGGUUAAGGCUCCCUCUUCAGCUCUGCAGCACAUCGAGGUGUGGCUGUCUAUCCCUGCUUUCUGCAUUUCACACCGAAUCAUAAGCCACAGAUACCAGUUCUGAUUGAACGACAGAUGCCUCAGCUCACAGAUUCCUUAGACUUUCCUCUUUCCAGCCAGUGCCAAAUGCUCAUCAGCAGGUGCCGAAUUGAUAAUGAGAAUCCGAGGUCUGCGUUCUUGGCUGUUAACUCAGAGUUUCUGGUUAGUGUACACCCUUCAGGUGACUCCAGGAUGGUAAUCUCUUAUGCCCUGUAAGCCCUGACUCCAGGAAAGAUAUACUCCAUGUCGAUGUGAAAGGGAAGAGGUGUUGCUAACGGGGCGACGGGCAGGCAGCUCAGUGUCGGGACCCUGCCCCGAGCUCGCUGGGGCAGGGGCCUGGGGCGGGCGUUCUUUACUUGCUUCAGCACCGCCACCACCCCUCGCCCCGCUUUAAAUCCGCUAGACUUUAUGGGGCUUGGGGGUGCAGUAGGACGUGUCUGUUGCACGUCCGUCAGAGAGGCCAUCCUGCUGAGAAGUUCUGCUUCCCUCUCCCCUGUUUUAUUCCCUGGGAGGCUUUUCUGUGUAAACUUGUUUUGAGUCUUAACUGUCUUUCAGUAUUUUCCAGCCUUUUCAACCUUGUGUUGCUAAACUAUUCCCUGGGCACCAGUGAUAGCCCCACUGUUCACCUGUUUUUAAACAGCAUCUCACAGCUCCGUAAUGUGGGCACUCUUGUUUGCCUUGUGAUCUUUGUAACGCAACGUGGGGGGUAUAUUUGGGAAUGACUGCAAGCGUUUCUUUCCCCAUCUGUAUGCAACUGGCUCCAAUUAUUAAUCCCUUUUUACCCUUUCCUGGGUCAUUAAAUUGGUCAUGGUACAUGUUUUUCACAGAUUUGAACAGUUUUUAGGUUGUUACUAGUUUGGAGUAUAAAUCUGGGAAACAUUUUAUUUACCUUUUAGAGUGGAAUAGAAAGCCACCUUAUUACAACUUUUUUAUUUUUCAAAAUUAUACUCAAUGAGGAUUUUUGAUCUGUAUUUUGUGUUUAGCUGCCUUUUUAUAUUUAAAAUAUUAAAAAUUGUUGGUUAGCUUAAAGCUUACUUUGAUCUUUGUUUAAACGCCAAAACUGUACUUGAGAAUGUCAUGCGUUUGCAGUUUCCUGUAUGUAUAUGGUCACGUUCAUGUGUGUUUAGAUGGCCACGAUGCUUCCUAAAUGAAUUUUGCUCUUAGGUCAUUUGGCUUUGCUGUUUACCCCUUUUUUAGUUUUUAAUCUAAGAAAAUUGAAGUCUGAAUUUAAGAGUGCUCACAUUUUGAGCUUUCCCUUUGUGCAGUCUGGGUGCAUAUGAGGAAUCGCAGUGGCAUCGUCUGUCUCAGUGGACAUCCUGAGCUUCAGCAGCCAUCCUGUCUGGGCUUGGUAAGGGAGCCUGUGAAACCUCCUGCUCUGGACAUUGUGGGCCGCCCAAGGGCCGCUCCGCAUCGUUUGCUGGCUGCGAGUCCGGUUAUACUGUGUGUGCUAAUAUACUCUCUUCUUUUUGCUAUAGAUUGUCUCAACAGUGGGUCAAGUAAUAAAAAGACUAAAUAAUCCUUUAA